AUGGCAAGGCGGAACCGCUUUUUUCCCAAAGCUCGACGCGCAAGCGACCGCGAGGUGUGGGUCUUGGCCUACAAAUCGAUCAGCCCUCUAGCAGUCCCGUGGCGCCGCUGGCGUUUUCCCCUACCAGCAUCACUCGCAGCACUUCGGCACCACCUCUGGACAGUCCUGCUCGUGUAUUUUGGGGGCCCAUCAACCGUCGAGCUCGCGUGAGCCCCGGAGGCACGUUGCGCAUCGUCACACCCUCUCAGGAGCUUGUUGACGAGGUCAGCGCCAACGACGACUCUGGCGUUCUUGUAGAUCCAUUCAUUGUACCGUCAGUCGAGGGUACCCCCGCGCAGCUAGACCUUGACAUCUCCUCCGCCACCGUCAGCGCCGCUCGUCAGGAACAAAUCGUCGGAUCGCUUGUUGUUGAUCGUUCCAGAUUGUUGGCACCAGCCAAGGAUCGAUGUACCUUUUUGGACCAGAUUAUGGCCGUCAAAACAAGCCCUGUGA